CAUCUGCCUGCAUCAGUAUCAAUUUACGCUUCGUUUCGAUCGGAUCAGGAUGGGUAGUUUCUGCCGAGACAUCUUGCUCAUAGUUUCGUUCUUUUUUGUGGCGCACAAGUGCCACAGUAACCCAUAUUUCGGAACCAGUGCCCCAAAUUUGAUCGAGGUCACCAAAUCGCCGUCCUGGUCGCAGGGCAUCUUCAAGUACCGACUGUUUCAAUCACACGAUAAUCAGCUACCGGGGAUGGAUAAAAAGUUCCCGGCGUGGUUCGGAUUCGGAGCUUCUACCGCAGCGUACCAGAUUGAGGGAGCCUGGAACGUCGAUGGCAAGGGACCAUCGGUGUGGGACAGUCUGACCCAUAAGCACCCUGAACUGGUUGUGGAUCGGAAAACCGGUGAUGUGGCGGCAGAUUCUUAUCAUCGCUUUCAGGAAGAUAUCGCCGCAUUGAAAGAAGUUGGGUUUAACUUCUACCGCUUCUCGAUAUCGUGGCCCCGAAUCCUGCCAGAAGGAGACAUCUCUUCACUUCAAACGGCGGGUAUAGAUUACUACAAUAAGCUUAUAGACGCUCUGAUCGAGGCACGAAUUGAACCGGUCGUCACGAUGAUACACUAUGACGUACCACAGUACAUACAGGAUUUGGGGGGUCUUGCGUCUCCAAUUUUCGUGCGAUACUUCGAGAUCUAUGCCGAUACCCUGUAUCGGUACUUCGGCGAUCGAGUCAAAGUUUGGUUGACGCACAACGAACCGUACGACUUUUGCGUCGAAGGCUACGGCAAUGGGCAAAGUGGACCCUUGAUCUAUGCACCGGGCGUCGGAGAGUACUUGUGUGCCCACCACGUGCUACUGAGCCAUGCAGCUGCCUACCACGUGUACGACAAGAAAUAUCGGGCGAUGCAGAAAGGCGUCGUGGGAAUUACACUGAGUGGUAGAUUUUACUACCCAGCCAACAACCAAACAGGACCGGACGUUGUUGAUCGAGCCCUACAGUUUCAGCUAGGCUGGUACAUUCACCCUCUGUUGAGUGAAACUGGUGGCUACCCGCCAAUCAUGGUCCAAGAUAUCGCUGACCACAGUCUGCAAGAAGGCCGGUCCAUGUCCCGAUUACCCGAAAUGUCGGAAGCGACGAAGAAAUUUAUCAAGGGAUCCUUGGAUUUCCUUGGUUACAACUAUUACAGCAGUCGAUUGGUAGCCCUGGAUCGUCUAGACUAUAACACCAGCAGUCCGCCAUCUCAGCUCAAGGAUACGCGGCUGAUAUACAGCGUAGAUCCUAGUUGGAAACGCGCGAAAUCCAGCUGGCUGUACGUGGUGCCGGAGGGUCUUCGAGGCAUCCUAAACUGGUUCAAGGAAGAGUACAACAACCCGCUGGUGCUUAUUACCGAAAACGGGUACUCCGACGAUGGACAGCUGGAUGACCAUGACCGAGUUGAUUACUAUAAGAGACACUUGACCGAAUUGUUGAACGCUUUGCUCGAUGACCAGUGCAAAAUAAUGGGGUUCACUGCAUGGAGCAUCAUCGAUAACUUCGAGUGGUUGCGGGGGUACAGUGAAAAGUUUGGAUUAUAUCACGUAAACUUCUCUAGUCCCAAUUUGGAGCGAACACCCAAACUUUCUUCCCGAGUGAUGAAACAGAUCAUUGAAACCCGUGUGAUACCCUAGAAUAAUUUAGAUAAACAAACAAGUAUGUAAAUUUAAGAUUUAUUAAUUGUUAAUGUUAAUAAAAAGGAACAAACAAAAAAAAAUAUCAAAACCUGUUUGAAGUCUGAAGAAUCUUCAUAUAGGAUCCAACUCUAACUACCCAAACAAUGGAAUUAAAAGUUUUUAAAA